UCGUAGGCCGACAUUAGAGGGCGAGAAAAUUUGUAUAUAGUGUAAAUAAAAUAAGUAGAUUAGAGUAAUAAAAGAGUAAUAAAAGAUAAAAUAAAAAUUAAAAAUAAAAAUUGAAAAAGGAAAACCCCCCAAAAAAUAACUUUUUUUUAAUAUUUUGAGUAAAAUGGAGGCGCACUAAAAUAAAUAAAUAAAUAAAUAAACAAAAUAAAAAUUAAAUUUGAUUAAUUUUUAACAUUAAUCAGAUAAAUUAUUGAUUAAUUAUUUUUGAAAUUAAUCAAUAUUUUUUAUAAAGAUGUGCCCUCGUAUCCGUCUUUUGGAGUUGGAUGAGAUGAUUGGAGAGCUGAAUCUAAUGGAAGGAUGGGAGGCAGACCUAGAAGAAGAAUUGGAAAGAGAAGGAAUUUUGAAUGUAGAAGAAGAAGAUGAAGAGGAGGAGGAAGAGAUAGGAAGGGGCAGAGGUGAACCAUCCUAUGUGGAGGAAAGCUGGGAGGAUGUAUUUGGAGAAAAGAAGGAGGAAGAAAAGGAAGAAAUUAAAGGUGAAGAAAAAAUUGAAGAAGGAAUAGAAGAAAAGAAAGAAGAGGAAGAAGAAGAAGAUGAUGAUGAUGAUGCUGAUGAAGAAGAGAUUGAGCUUGGAAUUGAGGUAACCGAAGCUCUUUGGUAGGAAAAAAGAAAAAGGAAAAUAUUUUGUUAGGAAAUUAAAAUUUAAAUAAUCUUUACUAAUAUUUUUUUUUAAAUGCCAACUUUAACUCCUCUUUCAUUUAAUUUCUUUUUUAAAUUACUUUUCAAAAAUUUAGAGUUGGCAACCAUUUUUUAAAUUCUUUCUUUUGUAUCCUUAUAGUCGUUCCCUUUUAAUGAUUUUAUUUUUUUGGGGCCCGGAGAACUGUGGGAUUCCCUAUUAAGAAAUAUUAGAGAAUAAUUGAAGGAAAUGGAUUUGUUAAUUUAAUUAAUGAUGAAUAAUAAAAAUAUUAAAAUAUUAAUUGAAAUAUUAAUAUUAAUUAAAAAUAAAGAGUAAAAAUAGAAAAAAUUUAAAUAAUUAAAAAAUAAUAAAAUUUGGAAAUUUUGGAAGGCCAAGAAGCCAGAGUCAUCAAAAUAAUGAAAAAAUAAAUACAAAAUAAUGGGAAAAAAUAAAUAGCUAAUUGUAUUAAGGGAAAUGGAUUUGGAAAUAAUUAA